GCUCCGUGUCUCCAGGUGGCAGUAGCGAACACCGAGCGUCACAGGAACGUGACGUGGAGGAGACACAUAGCUCUGUUUUGUUGUUUAUUAUCGGUAUGCUUGGCGCGUUAUUGCUGUUUAAUUAAAUAAUAAAAUCUUCAGCAUAAGGUGCUUUAAUAAACAACGAAUAUACGCGUUCGUCAAGCCUAGUGAUGUCUUUGUACGGCUGUUUAUGAGCAGGAUUUAUUUGUCUGUGUUGUUUUGGAAGGAAGAAGUGUGUGGCUAAAAUAAUAAUGGGUUCGUUUGGGAGCCGGUUCCAGUCGUCCCCACGGGCCGCAGAGGAGGAUGUGGAGAGGCAGUGCUCGGGAAAGAGACACGGGUGCGAGUGCAGAAAGAGAAAACGCAGUUCACGAUGCGCGUGUGACAGCGAGCCGGAGGAAGACGACGACAGUCAGCUGGACACACCACGCAGAAAGAAAUUGAAAAGCACCUCUAAAUACAUCUACCAGACGCUUUUCCUGAAUGGAGAAAACAGUGACAUCCAAAUUUGUGCCCUGGGACAGGAGUGGAACUUACACAAGAUUUACUUGUGUCAGUCUGGAUAUUUCUCCAGCAUGUUCAGUGGGUCCUGGAAAGAAUCUAAUAUGAUGGUUAUUGACCUAGAGAUUCCAGACCAGAAUAUUGACACGGAGGCCCUGCAAGUGGUUUUUGGGUCACUCUAUCGGGAUGACGUAUUGAUCAAACCGAGUCGGGUCGUUAACAUUCUCGCUGCUGCUUGUAUGCUUCAACUGGAUGGACUGAUUCAGCAGUGUGGAGAAACCAUGAAGGAGAACGUGAAUGUCAAAACUGUGUGCAGCUACUAUAACUCAGCCACCAUGUAUGGUUUGGACUCUGUCAUGAAGAAAUGUUUAGAGUGGCUUCUAAAUAACCUCAUGACCCAUCAGAAUGUGGACCUAAUGAAGGAGCUCGGGGUGGAAAUCAUGGAGCAACUCAUUCAGUCCACUGAUCUGUUUGUAAUGCAAGUUGAGAUGGAUGUCUACACUGCACUGAAAAAGUGGAUGUUCUUACAGCUCAACCCAUCUUGGGACGGCCCUAUUAAGCAGCUUUUGCAUGAUGCAGACGCUUGGCUUUGCAAAAGGAGAAGCGAGUCUGGAGAGGACGAGCCAUUCCUAAAUACAGACGAUGGGACGACCUUCGUCCCUGUUUUCAGACACAUCCGUCUACAGUACAUCAUCAAUGAUCUGGCCUCUGCCCGCAUGCUGGAACGAGAUAACAUCCUGCCUCCUGAGUGGUUGAAUACUGUGUACAAACAGCAGUGGUAUGCCAUGUUGCGGACAGAGCAUGACAAUGAUAAUGGACCCCAAGAGGCCAAUAAAGUGGAGUUUGAGCUGAACAGCAUGCGCUGUGGUCGAAAACUGACCAAAGAUGGAGAUUACUGUUGGCGAUGGACUGGGUUCAAUUAUGGCUUUGACCUGCUGGUGACCUACACAAACCGUUUUAUUAUCUUUAAAAGAAACACUCUCAGUCAGCCAUGUGGAGGCGCUGUCAGUUUACAACCACGACGUCACCUUGCGUACCGAUUGCGCCUCGCAUCAUUUGACAACAGUGGAAAAAUGGUUUGCAGCCGGUCAACUGGCUACCAGCUUGUUACGCUUGAAAAGGACCAGGAAUAUGUGGUGAUGAAUCUGGACAGUCGGCUCUUGUCUUUUCCUCUGUACGUGGGCUGUAACUUCCUCUACACCUCACCAGCCAAUGAGAGAAGAAGUGACACAUCAGAGCCAGAAAGCAGCGCCCGCAGCGUAUCGUGAUCACCCCAACAGUUCAGGCAUUAACAGAGCCUUCUUGUUGUAGGCUUUAUGUUCGUUUUUUCUUGUGUAUAUUUUUUAUUUGUAUCAUUUUGUAUAUACUCAGGUGCCUUUUAAUUGAUUUGCUGUAUUUUGACAUCGAAGGGCUAAACGCUCUGUCAUGUACUUAAUUUCAUUUAGGCCACUUCAUUAUUUUGAGGUUGUUUUAUACCUACAUAUGUUUUCAUCCUUAGUCUGGUUGCUGAAUUUUCGGGCAUUCCUGUUUUUUAUCACAAAAGAAAUAAUACCACGUAAAAAAUUUGUACUGUUCAAAUAGUUUGAAUUGGUGCUAACUUCUGUUAUUGUAAUUUGUCAGUGCAUGCUGAUGUGGAAACGGCAAGGGUUGUGUUGGUUUUGACCAGCAGGGCAUUUUACGUGACCUCUACAGGUGUCCAAUGAAGCAGUACAGUAAAAGGAUGUUUAUACGUAAUGAGGUGCUUUUGGCUAAAUGUUGAACCUUUUGGACCAAAGCAGUGUAGGAUAGAAGUCCUCAAAGUUCAAUAAAACAACACUGACAAAAGUA